AUGCUGCAAGCGCUAGGAGGCACUGUGCCUCCCAACACCGACCAUGCCGUCAGCGUAUCGCUCCCGACGUGGAGAUCCAACGUCGGCUAUGAGGAAGGAGAGGACUGGGUUAUGAGCAAGAUGCAACUAGGCUAUCCUCGGUUCUUCGUGCAUCCCACUAUCCAAAGACUCGCCCAGGAGAUCAUCCGUCGCCACGGGGACCCCAAUACCGAGGCAGCCACUUUGUUUGCGUCCCCGAAAACGGCGCGCAUCUGCUACUCGUUCAUUAUAUCCCGCUGUCCGGCCGACGCGACGCCCAAAGUCCGAAUCGUGAACUUCAUUCCGUCCCCGCAUACCGAAGCGACUUCAAUCACGUCCACCUUGUCGAGCGUUAUCUACCCCAAGGAAUAUGCGCCGGUUGCCAAACAGGUAUGGCAACAUUCUGGAAACGGCAUAUCCAGUCGGCGCGGCGAGUUCUGUCUUGGUGCCCUGGAGGACGGGUUCUUGGUGGAAGACAAGGGCUUCUCGACUGCGGAGUUGAUUGCGCAGCGACCCUGUAAGGGACCCCGGAGAUACCAGGGGAGAGGAGCUCUGAACGGCAUCACACGGGGCUCCGCACACGCUGCGGGAUCCGGAGAUUUGCCCGCGGCAAGUAAUGGGGUCCAAGAUGGACGGGAAUAUGGGCAGUUCAUCGAAGAGCGAUUCGGCCGCAACCUGAGCCCUUCGCUGACCAACCAGGCAAAGCAAGCCGUGCGGAGACGCAUUGCAGGCGUGCUAACAGCUGACGUUGACCUACCCGCGGCCCUCGACGAGAAGGUGUCCGAAGGCCGAGUGGCCGGCAUUUCAGAGGACGAUGUCUUCCUCUACCCCUCCGGCAUGAGCUCUAUCUUCAACUCCCAUCAGAUCAUCAUGGCUGCUCGAGGGGAGAAGAAGAGCAUCUGUUUCGGAUUUCCAUACAUUGAUACGCUAAAGAUCCUCCAGAAAUGGGGACCGGGAUGUUUGUUCUAUGGCAACGGAUCAUCUGAAGAUCUGGAUGACUUGGAAACUCGUCUGAAAAAUGGCGAACGGUUCCUCGCACUCUUCACAGAGGCACCCGGAAACCCACUGCUGAAGACCCCCGAUCUGGUCCGGAUACGCUCGUUAGCGGAUCAGUAUGAUUUCGCUGUUGUGGUCGAUGAAACAGUUGGCAAUUUCCUGAACAUCAACGUGCUUCGAUAUGCAGAUAUUGUGGUCAGCAGUUUGACCAAAAUCUUCAGCGGAGACAGCAAUGUCAUGGGAGGGAGUGCCGUUCUCAACCCAUCCGGGCAAUAUUAUCAAAGUUUGAAAGAAACAUUUGCCCGCGAGUAUGAAGAUAUCUAUUGGGCGGAGGAUGCUCUUUUCCUGGAGCGAAACAGCCGAGACUUUGUGUCCCGAAUUGACAAGAUCAACGCCACCUCUGAAGAUAUCACGGCCAUGCUGAAAGCAUCUCCUCUAGGCAAGUUGAAAGAAGUGUACUAUCCCAAGUACAGCCCUACGAGACUCUUCUAUGACAGCUUCCGCAAUCCCAAUGGCGGUUAUGGAGGCCUCUUCUCUGUCACGUUCUACUCAACUGCUGAAGCUAUCGCCUUUUACGAUACUCUGGAAGUCCUGAAAGGCCCCAGCCUGGGAACAAACUUUACUUUGAGUUCCCCGUACACUCUCUUGGCCCAUUAUGGCGAACUUGACUGGGCGAAAUCCUUCGGAGUGGAGUCGGAUCUGGUCAGAACCAGCGUUGGGUUGGAGGACGUGGCCGAUCUGCGCUCCAGGGUACAACGCGCCCUGGACGCCGUAGAAGCUGCCAGGAAAUGA